AUGGACCCACGCGACAGCGACCUUGAAACACGGCCGGUCUCGUCAGAUGGGGAAAAGGAAUCAGCCAUGUCCAGAAAGCCAUCAGAAGAAUCAUUGGGCACUCAGCAGCGAGCCAAGGCUAGAGCAGAGAAAGCAGCCGCAAUUCAGCAUGCUUGCGACACGGGCAACGUAGAAGCAUUGAUCGCGUACGCCACCAGCGAAGGUGGAUUGCUGGAUGAUGAAUUGAGGCAAAGAGCAUGGCCGAUUUUCUUACAAUGCGACGCGAAUUCACAACUUGAGGACCUUAAACCCCUCAACGACCUACCACGACACGCCGAUGAGGACCAGGUACAGCUCGAUGUCAACCGAGCUUUUGUCUAUUAUCCUAAUGUCCCCGAGGAGGAUCUCUUGAAAAAGAAAGACCAAUUGUCAGAUCUCAUCGUUCAGAUCCUCAGGAACUAUCCCAUGCUAUGCUACUUCCAAGGAUACCAUGACAUCGUGCAAGUCCUGCUUUUGGUCCUGGGUAGCCAGAAGGCUGCACUAGCCAUGGCUCGAGUAUCGCUCUUUCGAAUCAGAGACUAUAUGCUUCCCACGCUCACGCCAGCCCUGAAACACUUGCAGCUAAUUCCUGCAAUUGUCGGAACUAUCGACCCUGCACUAUGGAGGCAUCUUGCCAAUAUCCAACCUUUCUUUGCUCUUGCCUCGACUCUCACACUAUAUGCUCACGACAUUCAAGAGUACAGCGACAUUGCUCGUUUGUUUGACUUCCUUCUUGCCCGAGAGCCGAUUGUAGCUAUUUACCUAUUCGCGGCUAUCAUUCUCUCUCGGAAGAAGGAGCUGAUGAAUAUCCCCAUGGAUGAGCCGGAGAUGCUGCACUUUACACUAUCCAAAUUGCCAUGUCCACUCAAUCUGGAUGGACUGAUCACGAGUGCGGUCCAGCUUUUCAAAGACCACCCUCCCGAGUCGUUGCCUCUUGGGGCAUGGAAACAGAUUCCCAGUUGCAGUGUCCUCAAGACCUCCCGGGACACCUCUCGGCCUUACAAUGUUGAUGAAGCGGUGCAGAUGUUCCAUCAACAGGCCCGGCAAAUGCGAAAUGAGGAGCGCCGGAAGCAAGCUCUCGAGUUCGGGUGGAAGCACAGGAGGGCGAUCGGAUCUGUGGCAUUGGCGAUCCUUGUCGGUGCUGCAUCUAUCUACAUCCGGAAGAAGGGACUCGACUCUUCAAUCUGGUACUAUGUGGGCCGACUACAGUCCAUGCUCAAGGGCUAA